CCUUCAAUUCAAGUCUUCUCUAUCAACUUAAAAUUUCCUGACUCCCAGUCUCUGAGACACACAUCCCCUCUGAUUUUUUUCUCGCGAAAGCAUCAUAAACGUCUUGCAUCCUGGGCCCAUAAACCACUCACCUGAAGGUCACGGCACCCCUCUCCCGCUGCCGGGGACGCCCCGCCCGCCGCGGAGUCUGGGCGUGGAGCCGCGCGUCGGUCCGCGGGCUGCGUGUCGCCGGGCGGGGCGGCUGCGGUUCCUCCCGCGCCAGCGCGUCCGCCGCAGUCCAGCCGGCCUGCCCGCGCCCAGAACAAUCAACCAUGACGACCGAAUCAGGAUCAGACUCAGAAUCCAAGCCGGAGCAGGAGGCCGCGCCCCAGGAGGCAGCAGGGGCGCAGGGCGCGGGGGCGCAGGGCACAGAGCCCCAGGCACUGGAGCAGCUCGAGGGUGCUGCGGCGCACAGCACCCCGGUGCACAGAGAGGUGUCCGACAAAGAGCCGGAGUUUGCUGCCACAGCUGCAAAACAGCUCGAGUACCAACACUUUGAGGAGGACAAGCUCUCCCAGAAGUCAUCCAGCAGUAAACUCUCCCGCUCCCCGCUAAAGAUCGUGAAGAAGCCCAGAAGUAUGCAGUGCAAGGUGGUCCUUCUGGACGGCUCGGAGUACGCUUGUGACGUGGAGAAACGCUCCAGAGGGCAAGUGCUGUUUGACAAAGUGUGCGAACACCUGAACCUGCUGGAAAAGGACUACUUCGGCCUCACGUAUCGCGACGCUGAGAACCAGAAGAAUUGGCUGGACCCUGCUAAGGAAAUUAAAAAGCAGAUUCGAAGCGGUGCUUGGCACUUUUCAUUUAAUGUGAAAUUUUACCCACCAGACCCUUCCCAGCUAUCUGAAGAUAUAACCAGGUACUACCUCUGCCUACAACUGCGUGAUGACAUCGUGUCGGGGCGGCUGCCUUGCUCCUUCGUGACCCUGGCCCUGCUGGGCUCCUACACAGUCCAGUCAGAGCUUGGAGACUAUGACCCCGACGAGUGUGGGAGUGAUUAUAUCAGCGAGUUCCGCUUUGCCCCGAACCACACAAAGGAGCUGGAAGACAAGGUGAUUGAGCUGCACAAGAGCCACAGAGGAAUGACGCCAGCAGAAGCAGAAAUGCAUUUCUUGGAAAACGCCAAAAAGCUCUCCAUGUAUGGGGUGGAUUUGCACCAUGCCAAGGAUUCAGAAGGAGUAGAAAUCAUGUUAGGAGUGUGUGCCAGUGGCCUCCUGAUAUAUCGUGACCGACUGCGAAUAAACAGAUUUGCCUGGCCCAAGGUUCUGAAGAUUUCAUACAAAAGGAACAACUUUUACAUUAAGAUUCGGCCGGGGGAGUUUGAACAAUUCGAAAGCACCAUUGGGUUUAAGCUGCCAAACCACCGAGCUGCUAAGCGCCUGUGGAAAGUGUGUGUGGAGCACCACACGUUUUUCAGACUGUUGUUACCAGAAGCACCGCCAAAGAAAUUCCUCACCCUGGGGUCCAAGUUCCGGUACAGCGGCCGCACGCAGGCUCAGACGCGGAGAGCCAGCGCCCUCAUAGACCGCCCCGCGCCUUACUUCGAGCGCUCGUCCAGCAAGCGCUACACCAUGUCCCGCAGCUUGGAUGGAGCAUCAGUGAAUGAAAACCAUGAAAUAUACAUGAAGGAUUCUAUGUCUGCUGCAGAGGUUGGCACUGGCCAGUUCGCCACCACAAAGGGCAUCUCUCAGACCAACCUGAUCACCACUGUGACCCCAGAGAAAAAGGCUGAGGAGGAGCGCGAUGACGAGGAGGAGGACAGACGGCGGAGAGCUGAGGAGGCCACACCCGUCUCUGCGAUCCGGCAUGAGGGAAAGACGGACAGUGAGCGCACAGAUACCGCGGCUGACGGCGAGACCACCGCCACUGAGGAGCUAGACAAAACUCAAGAUGAACUAAUGAAACAUCAAACAAACAUUAGUGAGCUGAAAAGAACGUUUUUAGAGACCUCCACAGAGACAGCCGUCACGAAUGAGUGGGAGAAGAGGCUGUCUACGUCCCCGGUGCGACUGGCAGCCAGGCAGGAGGACGCGCCCAUGAUCGAACCCCUCCUGCCGGAAGAGACUAAGCAGUCUUCUGGAGAAAAGCUCAUGGAUGGCUCUGAGAUCUUCAGUUUAUUAGAGUCGGCACGCAAGCCUACAGAGUUCAUAGGCGGGGUGACCUCCACUUCACAGAGCUGGGUGCAGAAGGUGGAAACCAAGACCGAGUCUGGUGAAGCAGAGGCGGAAAAGACCCCGCAGCACCCAGCGCUCAGCACGGAGAAGCUGGUGCAGGAGACAGUGCUGGUGGAGGAGCGGCGUGUGGUGAAUGUGCAUGCGAGUGGGGAUGCUCCUCGCACGGCGGGGGAUGAGCCAGAGACUGCCGCCCAGCUCCAGCCCUCACCCCGAGGAGCUUCUGCUGCAAAGGGGAAGGAGGGCUCUGCUCUGGCCGAGGAGGCAAAAGAAGGCAGAGGGACAGAGGCUGAUAAACCUGUUCUAGGACAGGAAGAGGCAGCUGCUGCCCUCCACAAGCCAGAGGAGGACCCAGGAGCAGCCUUCCACGUUUCCGAAACUUCGGACCAAAGGACUCAUUCUGAGUCAUCCUCCAUGAAGACGGAAACCAUCAGCUUUGGUAGUAUUUCACCAGGUGCUGGGAAACUAGACAUUUCCACCAAGGAAGUUCCAGUUGUUCACACAGAAACAAAAACCAUCACAUAUGAAUCCUCACAGGUCGAUCCAGGGGCCGAUCUGGAGCCAGGCGUGCUGAUGAGCGCGCAGACGAUCACUUCGGAGACCACCAGCACCACCACCACCACACACAUCACCAAAACUGUGAAAGGAGGCAUUUCGGAGACCAGGAUCGAGAAGAGAAUAGUCAUCACAGGAGAUGCCGACAUUGACCAUGACCAGGCUCUGGCUCAGGCAAUUAAAGAGGCCAAAGAGCAGCACCCUGACAUGUCAGUGACCAAAGUAGUGGUUCAUAAAGAGACAGAGAUCACGCCGGAAGAUGGAGAGGAUUGACGGAGGAAUAACUUAGCUUGCACAUGAGUCCAGUAUUUGCAAACCUUUAGGAAAACCAGAGCCUCUAAGGAGUUGCCUCUUCUAACCCAACUGACUUGUAUCUGUCCGUGGAAAAUUCCAAUCCAGAAGAAUUGACCUUGACCAUUAAAAAAGACCCUGGCAGAGAGAUCUUCCCCUCGCAGAGCAAUCCAAAUCGGCACCACGACACUGACACUGCAUGAAGCAAGGAUAAAAUUACAAACAAGCAGCAUUUUUACCUUUCACCAAAUGUCUCGGUUUUCAGCUGUUCCUGCACGUUCACAACCAACGAUAUAAACGGUGAUCUCAUGUAACCCAUCAACAGCUCAUGCCUUUCAUAGUUGAUUAUUAUUAAAGUUUCAACAAAAUUGCGAUUUCUUAGGUGACAGAUCUUCUGUUUACAGAUCCACGAAGAUUACCCUACAGUGCUAGAAGCCAUCUAGGUCCGGUGUGCCCAAUUUAUCCCAGAUUAGAUGUGCCAAUAACCGAGUCUCUUCUGUAAACAACUUGAAUCUUGUACCUGUUUCCUCUGGUUUUAUUCUUCUCACCCAUAAACAGCAAUGCCUCUCUGACCCUCUGGAAAUAUUUAAUGCUUACAAUCUUGCUUUGUGCAUCUAAUUGAAUCCGUUAAAAGGUAGCACUGAUUUUAGCAUAUUCAUGUGAUUUCUUCCUUAUUGUUUGCUUUGAUCUGCAUUCAGUCUGGAAAGCUUCCCGGAGAGCCCUAACAAGUCCCAGAUAUGUACUUUGUCAUUGUUUGGGGAAGAAAACCUGUGUUUUUGUUAGUUUACAAUAUUAUGAAAUUUCACUCCCGCAAAACCCAGUGAGCUUCUGUUGCUGUGUUCUUCGUUUCUUUUUCUUUGUAUUUUUUCAUUGAUUUUUUUUCUUCUUUUUACUUGAAAAAAAAAGAGUUUUAUUUCCAAAUCUGGUCCAUAUUUACAAUCUAGUUCAGAGCCAAGCCUUAAACUGUACAGACUUUCCACUGUAAUUAAAACUAUUUAGUGUUUAGUUAUAAAUAGCCUUCAGAAAGAUAUAUUCUCCAUUACACUGUCAACUGCAUUACACCCCGUGGUGAAUGAUGUUUCUGCAUAGCAAAAUAAAAAUGACAAAUGCA